AUGGCGGCGCGCCGCGCUCCGCCGGGCGGGACUGCUCCUGAAUCUUCCUCUGAGACUCUGGAUUGCCAAACACGUAUCAACAGUCUGAAAUACAUCCUGUCCAAGACACAGAAGACUCCGUCUUUUCAGCUUUCUGCUCGAGGCCACUGGUCCACAUGGCCUGCAUUUGCAUCCGGGCAGACCGUCCUAAAGAAUCACAAACCCUGCUGCGCCCCGGAGAAGAAACAGCCUAGCAACAAGCAGGCCCUUCUCACUAUUCCAAAGCCACGAUACUUGGAGCAACUGGAGUCCUACUUAAGGGAAGAGCUGCGGUCUCUUGAUCUGACUAAAAAGAACUCCCAGGAACUGAAGUUACAGCCCUACAGAGAGAUCUUUGAAUUCUUCAUAGACAACUUCAAGAUCUAUAAGCCCUUGCUGUCAGCUAUAAAGAAUGAAUAUGAAGUUACUUUGGCUCAUCAGAAGAAGACAAUUCGUGCCCUAGAGCCCCUGAAGGCUAUGGUCACAACUGUCUCCGAGGAGUGCACCCGGCAGAUACUGGCACUGCAGGAAAAGGAGAAAGAUGAAAUAAAUGCGUUAAAGCAAGAGAAACAACGUUUGUUAAAGUUCAUUGACAACAUGAAGGAAGAAAAGAAUUCUCUUCAGACUCAGGUGGAGCAUCUGCGGACGAGCGUGUCUGAGGAGUAUGCUCGCUACCUCAAUGAGUACGGUGCCCGCAAACUGCUUCUAGCAAAACUGAAUGAUAUGCAGAACGAACGGCUGGACAUGAGACGUCACCAAGUCCAAGACGUCAAGGGUGAAGAUGUGGUGAAGUUAACUUUGGCAUUAAAGAUAGCUCGGCAGGACCUCACAAAAGCCCAGGUGAAGCUGAACACAAUGAUAGCAGACUACGGAGAUGUUGUGCCCAGGAGAGAUUUUGAAUCACUGGAGAAAAAAUACUCUGAUUUACUUCAGGAGAUGAAGACUCUGCGGAAGGAUUUUGAUCAGCUCCGUAAGGAAUAUGAAACACUGCUGGAAAUCCACAGAGAGACUGCAGAAGAGCGAGACAACUUCUGCGCUGAACUCCAGCGAGUUCAGCGCAACUGCACGCCCCGGCCAAACUGGGCAAAGUGUUCAGAGGUGAUUCCUGGUGGAGCUGACCGGUGGGGCUGUCUGGCUGAGGGGAAGACCAGCGAUCAGUUGGUGGAUGUGCUUCUGGAAGAAAUAGGAACAGGAGUGCUAAAAGAGAUAAACGUCUUCCCUGGAUGGGGCAAAGGUGACAAGGUUCCUGUGUACCUGAGGCACGAAGGUGAAGUCAAGAACAAAAAGCUGACUAAGACGGAUGCGGUGAACAUCCUCAAGGAUGUCUGGAAGGAGAAAAUUGCACUAGAACAGCAGACGGGGAAGCGAUCCAGUCUGCCGGAGUUCUUUCUCAGCUACCUCCAGAAGAAGUACGGCGAUGCCGCUGCCAUGGAAUGGUCUUACACCCUCUACGAGAACAUGCGACUCUGUCGAUCAAACCAUGUCCUGAGCUCAUUCUACGACAUACUCACGGGAAGGUAGGUGGGCGAAGAACAGUACCACGGCCAGAAUCAGCUCAUUUCCAACCUGCAAAAGGAGCUGGCUGCCUGCGACAGCUCAAACAGCGGAUCCCUGACCAGCAAGCAGUUCAGCACGGCUGUGAGGGAAGCUUUUCCCCUGAAAAGGAAAGAGUCGAUCCAAGAACUAGUCGAUGCAAGCAGGUACAAGCUGGACAGCACUGAAGACCUCAUCGACUACGUAUCCUUAUUCAAAGAAGAUGAGGAGGGGAACGCUGAACCUUUCGUUGCAAAGCUCAGGAGCCAGUAUGUCAGGGAGAAGCAGGAAUAUCUGAGACAGCUGAAGAACAAGCUGGGAGAUUUAACAGAGGUGAACGCAGAUGAUCUGAAGACCGCCUUCUGCGCCAUCGAUCCUGAUAUUGAUGAUCAGACGCUAGAUACCUACAUUCGCCUGGCUUAUCGGGUCCGAAGAGAACAGCCAGACCAAGAAGUUGUCCCUGUGGAAACUGCACUUGAGAGACUGCUCGCUGGAGAUGUGAGACGAGUAGGGCCCUCACCCAGGGAGGGAAGCACAACAGGCUUUGAAGGAGAGUAA